AUGUCGGGAGCAUCUGAUUUCUUAAGCAAAGGUAUCGACUUGGUACAAAAGGCAAUAGAUGCCGAUACUGCCACAAAGUACGAAGAGGCGUACAAACUAUACUACAACGGUCUUGAUUACUUGAUGUUGGCCAUCAAGUACGAAAAGAACCCCAAGUCGAAAGAGCUUGUUAAAUCUAAAUUCACGGAGUAUUUAACCCGAGCAGAGCAGUUGAAAGACCAUCUUGAAAAGCAACAGAACAAAUCAAACUCCGCUGAAAGCUCUGCCAAUGGAUCUACCAAGGCAAAGAAGUCUGGUAGUGGUGACGAUGAUGACGAUAGUGAUACAAAAAAACUAAGAGGGGCUCUUGCGGGUGCAAUCUUAUCCGAAAAGCCAAAUGUCAAGUGGUCAGAUAUUGCUGGGCUUGAAGGAGCAAAGGAAGCAUUGAAAGAGGCCGUCAUUUUACCAGUCAAAUUCCCACAACUAUUUGUUGGAAAUAGAAAACCUACAUCUGGUAUUCUAUUGUAUGGUCCACCCGGUACAGGUAAGUCCUACUUGGCCAAGGCAGUUGCAACAGAGGCGAACUCGACCUUUUUUAGUGUUUCGUCCUCUGAUUUAGUUUCAAAGUGGAUGGGUGAGUCGGAAAGACUUGUUAAGCAAUUGUUUACCAUGGCAAGAGAAAACAAGCCAUCGAUCAUAUUCAUUGAUGAAGUGGACGCUUUAUGUGGACCGAGGGGAGAAGGUGAGAGUGAAGCUUCUAGAAGGAUCAAAACAGAGUUGUUGGUCCAAAUGAAUGGUGUUGGAAAUGAUUCACAAGGAGUGUUGGUGUUGGGAGCCACAAAUAUUCCCUGGCAAUUAGAUGCAGCUAUAAGAAGACGGUUCGAGAGAAGAAUUUACAUCCCAUUACCUGAUGUAGAGGCGAGAUCAAGAAUGUUUGAAAUCAACAUUGGUGAAGUUCCUUGUGAAUGCUCACCUCAUGACUAUAGAACGUUGGCAGAAAUGACUGAUGGAUAUUCAGGGCAUGAUGUUGCAGUGGUUGUUAGAGACGCUUUGAUGCAGCCAAUUAGAAAGAUCCAACAAGCUACACAUUUCAAACCUGUUUUGGAUGACGAUGGGAAGGAGAAGUUGACUCCAUGCUCGCCUGGAGAUGCCGACGCAAAGGAGAUGAGCUGGAUGGAGAUAGAAACGGACCAGUUGAAGGAGCCGUCUUUAACGAUAAAAGACUUUAUCAAGUCCAUCAAAAGUAAUAGACCUACAGUUAAUGAAUCUGAUAUAGCCAACCAUGUUAAAUUUACUGAGGACUUUGGUCAAGAGGGUAAUUGA